UACUAGCUGCUGUCCGUGAAGUAGAUGCUGAUCAAGAAAUGUCAUCAUUGCGCAACAUGGAAAACGUACACCAGAACGACGAAACGGACGCCAUUGUGUUAAGACAUUCCGAAUCUACACAAGCGAAUAGUGAACCUAUUGCACAACGGUGUGGUAUAGUUGCUGCUAAUCCAGACGACGAGUAUUCUAUGAACCACAAGAAACGAGGUAUUGCUAUCAUUAUAAAUCAAGAAAAUUUUAAUUGCACACUGAAGCUGCCUACACGAAAAGGCACCAACAAGGACCGAGACGAUGUCCGUAAGGUUCUAGAGAAGCUGCAAUUCCAAGUACGAGUUUUGAAUGAUCCUUCUAAAUCCACACUCUUCAAAGAAUUGGAAAAAAAUGCCAAGGAAGACCACACAAACAGUGAUUGCCUUGUGGUUAUAGUGAUGACCCACGGUGGUCCAGGUGUACUGUAUGCUAAAGACGAAGCCUACAACAUUGACGAACUAUGGAAUAAGUUCACCGGAGACUCUUGUAAAACGCUUCAUGGAAAGCCGAAACUGUUUUUCAUACAAGCGUGUCGCGGCGAAAAAUUAGACACAAUGGAAUGUGACACGGUUGAUGCUCGAGAUACAUCGAAGACAAAACGUGCUACAUACACCAUUCCCACAAUGGCCAACCUGCUGGUAAUGUACUCGAUCUACGAUGGUUCAUGGUUUAUACAAUCGCUUUGCGCCGCGCUUAAUAACCAUGGCCACCGUAAAGAAUUGCUACGAAUACUAACAGUGGUAUCGCGGAACGUUGUGAAUAACUAUCUAAAAUUCGAACCGGAUAGCGAAAAAAUGAAUGCCUUGAAGCAGAUGCCUUGUAUUGUUUCAAUGCUUACAAAGGCAGUCUAUUUCCGCCAGAAAUCUAUAUCGGAUAAACCCCUUGAUGGUGAAAACGUCAGUAGCGUGGAUUCUGAUGACUUGUACAACAAUCGUGAACUAAGUAACACUAAUCCAACGCCUCAUAACCUUUUUCUUAAGCCCCUAAAAAAAACGUUGUUUAAGAAUCCACCUUCCUACACAACGGAAGGCAUGCAACAAAAGGCGUACAUCUUCCAUCAUCACUCAUUUGAAGUAGAUUCUUUCAGCAAUGGUCGCAAAAGUGGAAUUGAAGAUCCAGAUAACCUAAAAGCUACCUUCGAAAAUUUGGGAUUCAGCGUGCAUGAUCCGAUCAAAGAUCUAAAGCUGUGCGAGCUGCGAGCAAAGAUGGACAGUAUAGCUUCAGAAAAUCAUGAGGACACAGGAUGUGUUUUGUUUGUGAUAAUGACAUGCGGAGAGAAGAAUUUGCUUUUCGCUAAAGACCGUGCAUAUCCAAUAACAGAGUUAUUGGAUAGAUUUUCAAACACCAAGUGUCCAACGCUAUCUGGCAAACCUAAGGUGUUUCUCAUACAGGCGUGUACGAAGGGCAUAACCAAUCCUGCAAUCGAUCCUCCCAUAGACGUGCUAGUAAUGUACUCUUCCUACAUUGAGAACACCAAUCCAAGCGACUCGGAAGCACAGCUCCUACAAACUGUGUUCAUUGAAACGCUUCUCGAGGUGCUUAAGGCCUACGAUAAAAAGGAGGAUAUCAACAGCAUUCUCGACAGCGUCAGGCGCCUUGUAGUCAAUCAGCUGAUCGAACAGGAUCCUGCGAAUAGGGAAACUCGAGAGUAUCCAAGCACGAUUCUUAUGUCGAUGCUCACCAAAAGCCUAAAACUUUGA